AGAGCUGCGGGGCAUUGAACACUUCAAAAAUCAAUUGGGUUUGAGGGGUGACUGUUGCGAUGACCAAAAAGAAAAAGGGAAAACCCUUUCUCUGUGAUACCACUUUGCGCGUGGCAAAAGAACUUCACCAACGCAAUCGCCAUGGAGAAGGAGACCUUGCCAUGGCAUGUGCUCAAUCAGAUCCACUUGGACCAAUGCUUUUCUCAACCGAGUCUUCUAUCCAAAAGGUGUUCUGGAGGGAAGCAGGAAUUCAUUCUUAUCAUUCAUUCACAAUCGCGUCUGUUGUACGAACUCGUCAACGACACUCUGCUGCACAGUUGGUCAUUUCCUCACGAUAUCGUGUCAUUCUGCUGGAACGAUCUUUACAAGGGCCACUCAAGCAUCUUCGUCCUCACCAAGGAUGGACACAUCUACAACCUCGCCCUAGCCUCCAACAACAUUGAGUCAGGAACCACGUCCAAGGCUACAUACAAAAAUAGCAGUGCCACCAUUAUUGAUGACAAUCUAUCCAGAAUCACCAUCAAGAUCGAAGACAGCGACGACGAAGAGGUCGAGGAUGUUGAACUCUGGAACGACGAGGACGGAUUGCUCGAGAGUUUCGAAACUCUAGAGUCAUCCGUCUCUCCUGCUAAGAAGAGACAGCGCACAUCAUCGCCUCUUCCUUCAAGGAGUUUGUCAAUGACAAGCGGCACGGCGACAUCCUCCUGUAUCAAAAUCGAUCGCACAAAGCAUUAUGUCGGGUCUGAGGACGAUGCGAUCAAGAUCAUCUGCGCAUUCGAUGGAUUAUUGAUCUUUUAUCGACUCAAGGAUCCCGUCCUAUGGAUAUCUCGGUACCAGUUCCGUCCCGGAUAUCCUAUCGAGAGACAGAUUAUGCCACUCAACUUACAGCUGCAAGAUAAUAUCAGUCGCGCAGUGAGCAGUGCGGACGGUAACCAAGUCUUUUUCGGGACCCAAUUUGGUACAAUUUAUCAGAUGCAUUGCACCACAGGUCCAGAGAGAAUCACAACUCGGAAAUUGUACACCAUGCAGGAACAAGUGGCAUCCAUAAUCCUGGCUCCUCAGCAAAACAUAGCUAGGUUGAUCGCCACAGGGACAGUCGGCCGUCUUUGUGUAAUCGAUGUCAAGACAACAGAGACCACAGCUUCUCCGAUAGUUACAGCUAAACAAUUCAUCAAUACCUCCGCUCUGAACGCCUUUGCAGCAGACGGAUACAUCUAUAUUUUGACCUCCAAGGGCCGCGUUGUUCGUAUACUCAUGGCUUCGAUAGGGACUGAUAGAGACUUUACUAUGGAGUGUUUAGACCUCCCAUCUCUGCGCGCUUUUGUGCCUAUUCUGGGCAGUGCAGAGCUUCUUGGGUUCUAUGGAAUCAAUAAAACAGGACAAGUCCUUCGCUUCUCUGCAGAUUUAAUAAGAUGCGCGAAACCGAAAGCGGUAUCUGAUGCACGCGAGAAUAUCACAGAGGCACUUGCGGAACUCGAGCGGCUAUCCCAACAUGCCCGGCGCCUCGAAGCCGAGUGUCAGCUCGAGAACCAGAGGCUCGCGACGUAUAAUCGACUAGUCUUUGAGCUACAACAAAGUAUCCUGGCACAACCCGAUCCAAAGACCUCCGCGGACGCGUAUGCGGACUUUACUCCUCCUGUUGAGACUACACUCACGGCUUUCACACAAAUACUCGCCUCUUCGUCUUUGGGAUCGAGACGAUACUACGUCCGCUUGAAUAUCAAAUCGAAGCUGCAUACCGAUUGGAGCAGUGGCUGGUCAGUGGUAACAACCCUGACCUCAGAUCCAAGCGGCUACUGUGCCCACAACGCCACCGCCCCCUCCAAAUCUGGAUACUUCUCCGAAACCCUCUCAAGCCUGGCAGGUCUCUCGCCUCAGACACCGUGGGUUCAAGACCUCGAGCUCGAUUUCGAGUCCGGAUCGCCUUUACGUCUACCCCUCACCGUCACCCUUGGACUCCAGUUCAGUCUUCCUCGCCAAAAUCAAAAUCAACAUACUGCGUAUUUUUUAGUAGAGGCCCUAAAAUUGGACGCGAUCCAUUUUUCAGAACCUGCACGCGAUCAUGCAAAACACAACCCUGCCUUCUUGCUCCAUAGCAGCGCCUUCUCGUCGACGAUAGCCGCCUAUUCCAAGGACGUACUUCACGAAAGCAAGGACAUUACACAAGAUUCGCGAAAUCGAAUCUAUCGUCCAGCGGACGAAUCCCCUCCCGAGAACAGUACCGACGAUGAUGAGUGCGAAAGAUGCAAGGGCGAACGCCUUCAAACCCAAACUAAGCUACCCGAAUUCAAAUUCUCAACGGCCGACCUCGAAAUCCCACAGUGUCUACCCGCGCUCCUGGGCGACAGUAUCUCUUCAGAUCAAGCGACGGCCUUCUUGCAAACCGCCUUCCGUGCGACGCUCUAUAUUCCUGAGCAAUGUCUGCCCAGAUCAAGAGAAAAGGCCUUCCUGGCGAACGAGAAUACCAGGCCGGUGUUGCAGCAGAGCGAUUCGGGAUUUGUGUGGAUAACCCUGGAGAUCCAAGACAAGCACAAGCAUAAGCACAGAAGCCAAACGCAAAUGGAAAAGGAGAAGAGCGAAGAGUCGAUCGUCCGGGCAUGCGUCGAUGUUCGGGGGCCAGAUCCCGUGCGCGUCCAAGUGGUUCGUCGAGCGAUGAUCAAGCGGAUAGAGGAUCUCUUUGGAUGAUUCUAUCCACUCAUCCUUUUUUCACAUCCGGCAAGAAUAAAAAUCGCAAGUGUAAUCAGA